GGGUCGACAGUUCAGUAUCGAAUUAUCGUUUCACCAUAGUACAAGUGCGGUUGGAUCCAAGCGCCUCUAGCUUUUAAAGCGGAAGAUUUGACGUGUUAGUGUGGCUGUGCGCCGUAGUUCGUGACGGAAGGCCAAUUUGAUGCGGAAAUCUAAUAGAAAAGUUUUGAUUUGGUUUCCAAGUUGUGCAACAGGUUAUCAGCUUUUUUGCGAGUGUUUGUGAAUGCGUUUAGUCGGUUUAGUAACCGACUGCAUUUAUUCGAAGCGAGGUUAUUAAUUGUAGAGUGACUCAAUUGAAGAUUUGAAUUUCCACUGACACUGUCGAUGUCAGCGCGGAAUAUGUUCCAGAAAAUCAAGUUCAAACUGAAAUUUACUGGCCAUUCACUAGUUCGUUGAUGCGAAAGUUGUUCAAUUUACAAGUUUCGGAAAGCGGAUAAAAUAUCAAGUUUCUCCCGGUCGGUUAAUGGUUUUGAGAAAAAUAAAGUGCUUAGAUUUGCUAGAAAGUUGAUCUUCGCUGUCGACGACGCCACCUUUGGAAGUGGGGACGACCGGUAUUAGCGGACAGUAACAUCUAGAUCAGCAUCUAGUUUCGAGUGUGCGGCGAAUUUUCGCAAACUCUCCUACUCAAUCCUUUGGUUUACAUGACUGACUGUGCGGGACGGCAAGGUCCCCCCAAAGUCAACUACAACGCUGUUGUUCGCGAAACCGUGGUCAAAUUUCCAACCGCGGUCAGCCUUGAUCCGUCGCUUCGCCAUACACGGCGGCAUCGGCAGCAUCACCAGCACCAUCAGCGCAGCCUGCAAUCGAGUGCAUUCUUCAAGGAGAGUGUAACAUGAGCAGCGAGUGAAAAGUGCCACGAGACAAGUUGCGCUUGUAGCUCGGUAGACGAUAGAAGAAGACGAAAGGUUGCGUUUUUUUUUGUGCGGUAAACUGAAAAGUGUAGUGUGCUCUAUCUCGUUCGUUACUGGAAGUGAUAGUCUGAAAUUGUGGCUGCUCUCAAGCGGAAGCUAAGUUAGAGGGUAUAACGAACGGAAGGAAACGGUUUGCGGAAAUUCGAUCAGCAAAAGUAGGUCGUUGACGAUCGUUUAUUUUUGUCGCUGAGAAGAAAAAGAAGCUGUGGCGGCUCGUUCCAACCUCUAUGGAGUUUCAGUUAGACAGCGCAGAGUACUGCCAGGCACAACACAAAUAAGCUACACGCCCCCGUCGCGGUACGCGCCCUCCACGAUCGUUCCCGUCGCAGACGUUUAGCUGUGUGCAGAGCCACCGAGGCCGUCAUCGCCCAACGACAAGCAAGCAAACCAGCAACAAAAACAUAUUCACUCAUCACAUCCCACACACCGGUCAUUUUGAAGUAGUGAAUUCGUUGUGAUUGUCCCUUUGCGAGGGAAGGCGAGAAAGUGUUUAACAUCGUCCUCUAGGAACAGAAAGAAAGUGCUCUGAAGUUUUGUGUGGAGUUGUGCAGUGGAUUGAAGCAAGAAGAAAGGCUUGGACCGAAAUCAGAAGGAAAGGUGUGUUUAUCAAGUGCGUCCUUCCGAGAAAUUACGUUCUACUUUUGGAAACUACGGAAAUCAACUAGACUUUACCCUUACGAUCCAUCACCGCACCCGGUAAACGUUUGGUGUUUGUUGGAAAGUUAGCUUCGACUUGACUGAGAUACUUGUGGUAACUGGUGUUUGAAAAGUACCAUCUCGAACAUCCCUACACUUUGAUUGAGCAUCCUUUGGCAGAUUCCAGUGAGAAUAGUGAGCACAAAAGGGGGAUUAACGUCGUGCAAAAUUUGCGUUUAUUGUGAAAUAGCCCCCACAGUUCUGGGUGAAGAGCAUCGUGCGGAUUUGAACAACUACUAUUAUCAUCACUAAUCGUCUAACUAGGUGACUUAUUAUAUUGCGGGUAAUUAGUCUAAAUCGAAACCUAAGGACAUAGGUCUCAGCGGAUGUAAAUCACCAGAAAAAAAGCAGCGAAGUGGUGUCACCUCUAGUAUCAUUCUAAGAGCUCACCGAUAACAAAUCGGAAAUUUUCCUUAGCCGAUAGCAAGGAGUGAAAGCGCCAAAAUCUUCUCACAUUGAUGUAAACUUCCCGACCAAUUGACCGAGUAUACGACCGGACUCCCACGGGUGUGUAUCAACAAGCGCAACCUAAACUAACUUGAGUCAUCGUCGUCACCUUGCUGCGGGUUGUGAGUGUUUACCGACGAGAAGACGAGCCGUCGAGUGGAGAGUUUUUAGAAGAGCGCAGUACUAUUGUUGCAUGUUACCACUGAUCUUCUCGCCGGAGCAGGACACGUACGUCGCAAUACUGAGAUCCGUCCGGGCAGCAGAACGCAACUCGGCAUCGGCGCAUUCAUUCAAGUAAUCGGCCAUUCGGUUCAGCUUUUGUUAAUUUGUGUUGAGAGAUAGCGAGACUAACAGAGCAAACGAAUCGAUAUAUUCUAUUUUUUGUGAUAUAGUAUACAUCAUAUUGUUUUUUAAGAACUUGAUUUUAAUCUCGACUAAUCGAGACAAGCAGAUCGAGAAGCGGGGUGCAGUGAUUUUAUCUAGAAAAAAAAAGCUUGCAAAAAUAACAUCGUCUCGAUAAGAGAAACUGAUACUGUUACAAACAGCUUUCAAUUACUACUUCCACUACACUGCGACUUCUAUUUCUCCUACGAUUCACGAGCGCACCUGUACGGGCACCUGAUUCUUAAAUCUAAUUUCGAAGCAAGAGAUAAAGAAACAACAGAGCUUCGUCGUCGAAGCUAAGCCAUCCUCUUUAAGUGCGGAUACUGUUUAAUGACCACCGUCAUCAUGCGUCAAAAGGAUAUCAGACCAGCGCCGGCCCGGAUCGAAUUCAAGGGCAUGAAAUUUUUAAUUACGGAUCGCCCCUCGGAUCACAACAUCCAUGGCUACAUUGCGGAACUUAAGAAACACAACGUCUCGGUAGUGGUUCGCGUUUGCGAGCCGAGCUACAAGAUCGAAGAGUUGGCCAGCCAGGGCAUCCAGGUGCGUGACCUUGCUUUCGAGGACGGGACAUUCCCGCCGCAGAACAUCGUUGACGAAUGGUUUGAAGUUUUAAAGCAAAACUUCUUGUACAGAUUCCAGGAAGAUCCAGAGGCGUGCGUGGCGGUACAUUGCGUGGCCGGACUCGGCCGGGCACCGGUUCUGGUGGCACUGGCGUUGAUUGAGCUAGGACUUAAGUAUGAGGCAGCUGUGGAAAUGAUUAGAGAUAAAAGGAGAGGUGCUAUCAAUGCCAAACAACUAUCAUACUUAGAAAAGUAUAAGCCCAAGUCACGACUAAAGCACAAAAAUGGUCAUAAGAAUUCGUGCUGCGUGCAAUAAAACUAUCAAAAAUCCCACCAGUUAAAGUGUUCAUUUUAAACGAAAUCUAAAACGAGAAAGAAAGCCGACAGCACAGAAAAUGGAAACAAAAAGAGAGAGAGAGAGAUACAGACAGACAGAGUUUAGUGUAGAUCGCUAGUGGAUUUUCAAAACAAGUACCAGGUUUUCACUAGACGGUGCCAGAUACAGCGCGAAUUCGAAGCGAUGAAAGCCGCAGAACAGAGCAUAGAUAGCAAGCAGUGAAGGUAGAUCGGCCACAUUACCAAUGUUUAGCAAAAAUGUAUGACAGGGACGGAGGAUCUAGUUAAAACACAGUAAAACAAAUUUAACACAAACAAUAGGAAAGUUUGCGACAAAUGGACGGACAGCUAGACAGCGAAGAACAGUGGAACUAUAUGGCAAAUUAUAUAUAUACACACACACACACUUAACAUUAAAACAAAGGAAACUAAUUAAUUACAUAUAUAUAACUAGAGCAAAGGCAGAAGAGUAAUACUAUCCCAAUAUUAUAUGAGUAUAUAAAUUAUAAAAACAUAAUGCGAAAACUUUUUUGACACAAACGAAACCAACAACUGAUUUACUGUGCAAGCAAUGCCAUACACUGGAAUAUUUUGUCGCAGACUGGCUGUUGUGCUGCGUCUGGAUAUCGCAGAUCAUAAGUAUACAGUAAUUUAGUUAAAUUGUUACAGAGAUGGACUACCUACCAGAGACAAUAGUUCUAUUUAUGCUUAGAUACACACAUACGCUCACACAAAUCUGUUAAAACGUCAAUAGCCAGAGACCGUUUCAAUAGUCACCCAGCUUGACUCCGACAUACUUGCUCUUAUUGUUAGUGAGUUUCAACCAGUACGACGAGAGGGAAGUUAGUGCAAUAUAAGUUCUACCUAGAGCUAGGGAUACCCUACUAUAGUAGACAGAUAGAUAAUGAUGCUGAAUGUGUGUCUUUCUCGGACGAGUGCAUUCGUUCAACCCGCGGGUGUGGUUAUGGAAAGUUUUUACAAUUCAAAAACAGAUGAUCUUAUUUUCCUGCUGCAGAUUGAGUUGGAGAAAUGCCGUAGGGGAGCGCAGGACGCACAAGCAAACCGUGCAGUUCUGAUUUGAAUAGCAAUUUUAUGCUGUUUUUUGUUUUGAGUAAAAUGGUCUCAACCGGUUGUGGUUUUCUCUACGUUACAGAGCAAAUUGUCAAUUACUAAUCAAGAUUCAAUAUUUUUGACAAGCUGAAAAUAUUUUUAAUCGGCGUUGGGAUGUUUGUAAACCGCGUCACAAAUCUAAGUCAUUCAAAAGUACGUACUAAUGAGCCGUUUCACCAGCGCUACGACAUUAAACAGCUCUCAGCACUCGGGUUGGAAGUUGACAGACCGGCGGGUCCCCAGUUUUCAAUCCAUAAUUCGUUUUCAUCUCGUUGUUAUUCAGUAUGUCAAAUACUCUUAUAAAACAUCAAUAGAUCAGUUUCAGAUUUUACCGUGGAGGUGGCACUAUAGUUUAUCUUCGCUAAGUUUUGAAGUUUCCUGUGGAAUAGGUAUUAAAAGCUAAAAAAUAGCUUCGUUACAAUUUGAUGGGGCGCUUCGGAAUGACUUCAGUCUCCAGUCGGUACAUAUUGACUUACAAAGACAUACUCGCCGUGCUUAGUAAAGACUUGUAUGGAACAUUUGUAGAUUGUUUUCUACAAAAUUGCAGGUAAUGUGCUUUCUUCCAUUCGCCAAUUUUGUUUUGUGCACCUUCAAAAGCUUAGAUAACAAAGAUUUCAAAUUUGAUCAAUAAUUCAUUCCCGUUUAAUGAGACACACAAUAAGCAACAAUAUAAUUUAGCUGCUUGUAAAGUUCCUAGUUUUUAUUUGUUGCGAGAAAAGUUCUUUAUAGUGAAGUUAAAUAUAUUUACCUGCUAUGAUUGAAGGUAAGUGAUCAAACUGGACUUAGAGUCCUUGCUUUCUGUCUAAAACACAUGACACAUCUAACAAAGGUUUAGCAUAUUCGCUUUUCAUAUAAAACCAUGCAAAAAAGAUUAUUUAUUCAAUAAUAACCGUCCACCUCCAAACAAGUGCUUUCUUAACAUGAACGCCUAGUAAAUCAGCAUCAUUAUCAUCUGCAAAUCACAAUUCAGUAUCCAUCCACACAAACAUAAACCAAAUAUCACCGUUGCUUAUAAGUUUUGUUUAGAUAAUUGUUCUGGGCAAAUCAUUAAAGAAAAAAAACAUAUACUCUCAAGCAAUAUAUUGCAUUCCGUUACUCAAAGAAACUAUUUAUUUAGUACAAUUUUUGUUCACCACAACUAUCCAGAGCACAAUCCCAUUUUGUGGCAAAAUAUUCCUAUCCAGUCCAUAACCGAAUCGAUUCGCUAUUAGAAAAAAAAAACAAAACAAAACUAGCAUCAAUUAAAUGCUUCCAUCUGGUUUGGUAGCGUUUAAGCUUUGGUGCCUCUAACGUGUACUGUUGUAGCCAUUUUUCGUUUUAGUCCAAUCGAACAUUAAGAAGAAAAAAACUGUACACACUACCAGUCAAGCCAGUUCAUCAAUAACCACUACUGAUCACUGAUACUAAAAUGGUAAAUGCGAGGCGAAGUAGAGAAUCAGAACAGAAUCUUAAUAGCGUGAGAACAUUAAAAUAUCAAAAACUAAAUUAACUGUGUAAUACAUAAAUAAGCGAUUAAGGCAAACAUGGACCGCUUGUUAGGGAUCUGCAUCCUCUAGUCCUGUGUGACGAACGAUGUACUAAAUUGUACCAAAUAGUAAUGAAUACAACUACAUUCGUGUAGAUCACUAAAAUACACAGCGCAUCAUGGAGAUCAUAAGACAAUUACUUCAAUUUUGUUUUAUUUUUUUCUUUUCAAGAGGUGAUCUUUCUCAAAGGAAAUAAAUCAUUACUGACUUUUGAUAUAUGUGUUUAGAACAGGUGUAAAACAAACAUAGCAAAUGGAAAUUAUUGCCCAUUUUAUGUCAUUAAAAACCUAGCAAGAAAUAUGCAACUGUGCGGAAUCUACGCAGCAACACAGAGAAAUAUAUUUAAAUGAAAAUAUAAACAAAUUAUUGCAUGUGGAUGUCGAGCUUUCUCGCGUGAACAAAAUUUAGGAAAAGCAUAAAAGUAACAUCGUAUGACCAUUUACUGAAAAAUUAAAACCCUGUUCGAAAAAAGAGUCCUAGUUUUUCGAUAUCAAUGCCGACCACGUCAGCAAUUUAAUCAAUCAUACGUUUACAAACUGUCCAACCCGCCUUUCUUAGCGGCAAUCUCGAAGUAACCCUCGGCGGUUUUUUGAUUUUGGUGAAACGGUGACUUCGAAGCAGAGAUUCACUCGAACCAACGAUGCAGCUGCUAAAUAUCACAUGCGCCGCCAAACAGUAAAAUGUAUUGACUAACUUGCCUCACAUACAAACACGUCUGUAUCCAACCGGGAAGCAAUAAAACGAAAUCAUAGUUGAAAUCAUCCCUGAACCCGGGAGAGCCGGGUCCCGAUGCCACACCACCAUUGAACACGCUAGAAUUUCCUGACGAAAAUGGCACUUUCGAGCACCUACUCACUAGAUUUUUUAAAUGUAAACCGAUUAUAAACAAAAAUAUUUUGAAAAUAAACC